AUGGCUUUUCCGAAUUUGUCGCUGAAGAACUAUUCUGUGGUGCAACAAAGAGGAGAAGAAGAACAAACCGUGCUAGGCAAUUCGUCGUUUGGUUCCAUCAUCCGAGGUACUCGGGGGCACUUGUCCAGCUUUAUCGACAGCGUUAGUCAGUGGCUGGCGACAACUUCAGGAGCUCGUGAGGACGAGCUCUCGCUCGAUAGCUGCCACAGUGCGUUCAGUCCCGUGCCUAGAAAUUGUAGUACGUUCUCGAUGGCAUCUACAUCAGUACCGGAGAACUACUACGUUGUCCCCAUAGGAGAGACUCAGAUGGUGAUUCUAAAGCGAUAUGAAAAUCUUCGAUUGAUUGGGUCAGGAGCUCAGGGAAUUGUUUGCGCUGCUACGGAUACGGUAACUAACAAGCCGGUUGCUAUAAAGAAGUUGUCUCGCCCAUUCCAAAAUGUUACACAUGCGAAACGAGCGUAUAGAGAAUUUAUUCUUAUGAAUCUUGUCAAUCAUAAAAAUAUUAUCGGCUUGUUAAAUGCAUUUUCUCCACAAAGAGAAGUAGAAGAAUUUAAUGAUCUGUAUAUUGUUAUGGAACUUAUGGAUGCUAAUUUAUGCCAGGUCAUACAAAUGGACUUGGAUCAUGAACGGUUAUCCUAUCUAUUAUAUCAGAUGUUAUGUGGAAUUAAACAUUUACAUAGCGCUGGAAUUAUUCAUAGGGACUUGAAACCUUCGAAUAUUGUUGUUAAAAGUGAUUGUACUCUAAAAAUUUUGGACUUCGGGCUCGCUCGGACCGCCGUUGAAGCUUUUAUGAUGACUCCUUAUGUAGUCACACGAUAUUACCGCGCUCCUGAGGUCAUUCUUGGGAUGGGAUAUGGAGAAAAUGUUGAUGUUUGGUCUGUUGGUUGUAUAUUUGGUGAGCUCAUCAGAGGACGAGUAUUGUUUCCUGGAGCCGAUCAUAUAGACCAGUGGACGAGAAUUAUUGAGCUGUUAGGAACUCCUGAGCCACAGUUCCUUGCCAGACUGCAGACAACUGUACGAAAUUAUGUCGAAAACCGGCAGAAAUACCAACCAGUUCCAUUUGAAACGCUAUUUGCUGAUAACAUGUUCCCUCCGGGUGCUGAUAAUGCACGUCUAACAGCUGCUAAAGCGCGGGAUCUUCUUUCACGAAUGUUGGUAAUCGACCCCGAGAAAAGAAUAUCUGUCGACGAUGCUCUUGCUCAUGAAUAUGUGAACGUUUGGUACGAUGCUUCUGAGGUUCAUGCUCCUCCUCCUGGCCAGUACGAUCCCUCUGUAGAUGGUGAACAUACGGUUGAAGAGUGGAGAGCUAUGCUAUUCGCCGAGUUGCAGAACUACUAUAGGACGCACGACGUGUACGGUGUUGGAAUGCGCCGAUAG